AUGCCCGGGCACUUUGGACAGAAAAUUCUACAGAAAUUCGGCCUAGAUGACCAUAGAGGUCAAGGCCAAGGCCAAAGCCACCACAACUACCCCGGUGCCGGGGCCGGCGGCCCUCCACCCCCAGGGCCCCGCCUCGCUGGCUCGCGCAUUGUCAACGACGACGAGCGUCUCCUUUGCUCGCACCCCCGCGGCACGUACCCCCGACUCGCAAAGCUCGCUGAUGGCUCGAUCCUCUCCGCAUUCACCCGCUUCGAGGGCAAUACAAGGGUGCUGCACAUCGGCCGGAGCAAAGAUGGCGGGUACACCUUCUGCGACUUCUCCGAGGUGACACGGGGCCAGGGGGACGUCGACAACAUGUACCUGCUAGAGAUCUCCCCGAUGACCGUACUCGCGGCCUUCCGGAACCAUGAUCUGGGCCCGCACGGCCCGACGCAUUUCCGCAUAACCGUGUGCCGGUCAACAGACGGCGGGAAAUCCUGGCACUACCUCUCGCAGGCGGCCGAGAAGCGUCCACCGUUUGGGAUCUGGGAGCCAUUUAUGCGGAUGAGUCACCGCGGCGAAGUCAUGCUGACGUACUCGCAGGAGUACGCGCAUAACAACCAGUGCACGAUGCUUGUGCGGUCGAUGGAUGGUGGGGCGAGCUGGAGUGCGCCGCAGUGUCUUGAGGGGGAGAAGGAUCCGUUCCGAGAUGGGAUGAAUGGGAUCGCGCGGACGUGGGAUAACGGGCGCGAGGCGCUGGUUAUGGUGUUUGAGACGACAACCUUUGGGACGUUUGAUCUUGAGGCGCUCAUCUCGUAUGAUGAUGGGUAUACCUGGGGGAAUCGGCAUCGGGUGUAUGUGCCGCAGCGUGGUCAUAACGCGGGGUCUCCGCAGAUUGCGUCGUUUGGAGAUGGCUCGCUUGCGGUUAUCUUCAUGACGGAUGAAGACCAUCAGCAGGUGCAGUGGACGAAGAACGCGGCUAUCAAGGUUGUUUUUGCCGGUCCGCCAGUUAAUGGACAGAUGCAGUGGACGUCUCCUUCGGUUAUUUGUCCGCAUCUGAGCCAUUGGCCGGGGAUUAUGGCAUUGGACGAUCGAACACUGUUGGCAACGUAUGAGUGUGGCGGGGCUCCAAAGGCGAAGUCUAUCACGCUGCAUUAG